AUGUUUAGAAUACGUUGGUGCGAUGCUAGGCUAGCUGUAGCAUCAUUUCUUCCAGCUGCCAUUCGAAGUAGCCUAAUCUGUUCCCGGUUAACUAUCUGUUAUACUCGGUUUGUUACAACGCCUUCGGAGUUUCUUGAGUUGAAGGUAAGACGGUCUUUAUUCACUCGUUGGCAAGACUAUUAUAUUAAAAUAACCGUGUUAGCUCAGAAUACUAGCUACACUACACAGCUGCAAAAACACCAGGGAUGGAACGCUCUGCUGCAACUCGUGAGCUAGCUUUCCACGUAAGCCAACACGCAACAACAUGCACCUAAUCAUUCGGCAAAUUUGUUAGUGGUGCAUGCUUUAAUUCAAGCUAUGUUUUCCAUAAGUAGGGGCUGAUAUUCAGUGACAAGUAGUAUUUAAGAGAAGUGUUGACUGAACUAAAAUCACCAACCUUAUCUCUGGGUCCAAUCUGGAGGUGGGCAGCUUUGUACAAAUGGAUAAUGGAGAUUGGGGCCAUAGGAUGACUAAACCUGUAACACUGAAUGUGGGAGGCCACUUGUACACCACCUCCCUAUCUACCUUGCAGCGCUACCCAGACUCCAUGCUGGGAGCCAUGUUCCGUGGCGAUUUCCCUACAACACGUGAUACUCAAGGAAACUACUUUAUUGACCGUGAUGGUACUCUCUUUCGGUAUGUGCUGAACUUCCUGCGGACGUCAGAGCUUACUCUCCCAGCAGAUUUUACAGAGACAGACCUCCUGAGAAAAGAGGCAGAUUUUUACCAGAUUGAGCCUCUAAUCCACUGUCUUAAUGACCCCAAGCCACUCUAUCCUUUGGACAUCUUUGAGCAAGUGGUGGAAUUGUCCAGCACUAGGAAGUUGUCUAAGUACUCAAAUCCAGUGGCUGUUAUUAUUACACAGCUUACUAUUACCACCAAGGUCCAUGCCCUCCUUGAAGGCAUCUCUAACAACUUCACAAAAUGGAACAAACAUAUGAUGGACACCAGAGACUGCCAGGUAUCCUUUACUUUUGGACCAUGUGACUAUCACCAAGAGGUAUCCCUAAGAGUUCACCUCAUGGACUACAUAAUGAAGCAAGGCUUCACCAUUCGGAACACUCGUGUGCAUCACAUGAGUGAGCGUGCCAAUGAAAACACAGUGGAGCAUCACUGGACAUUUUGCAGGCCAGCUCUCAAGAUGGAAGACUAACUACAAAUUAGUAAAUUAUAUAAAGUUUUACAAAGAGGUCAAGGCAUUCAGUAGUAGAGUAGUAAGUUACUAUACAGUCAUGAUCAUUUAAUUAAGAAAUACAUUGAAAAUACAUAAGAAAUAAAUAUAAUAAUUGAGUAAUAAAAGAAAGUAUACCAUCUCUGCAUUGAAGUAUGUCAGCCAUGUAGACUACAAAGAACCAUUUAUUUAAAAAAGUACCAAUUGUAACCUGGUGUAUGUAGACUACAAAUGCAUGGUGUACAUUGAAAUCAUAAGCUGUUUUGCAUGUAUAUGCGUAAUAUAUAUAUUUCCUGCAGUAUUAUGUUCAUAAUUAAUUUUGAUUGUCACUAGCAUUGGGGUUGAUGUUUUGUUGUGUCUCGUAAACCUAUCUUGACAACCUGUUGUGGCAUGCAUCUCUUUGAUUAUACCAAAUAUUAUUUUUUUUUACUGUAGGUCACAGCACUAGGUCCAGCUCUGUUUGUGUUCCAUGGAGCUGAAUGACAAAUUGUCCUCAAUGACAAUGUUAUGUCCUCAAUUAUUUGCACCUGCCCAUUCUCUUCCACGUCACAAAAGGUUUUCAGAGACACAAACAUGAAUGAGACUCAAAUUUGUGCUAUAGUUUCUCGGAUCUCUAUACUCUGAUAUACGGCGUUCUCCUCUUCUCUGGAACAAAUGUCCUGCUUCAAUUAAGGAGGCUGACACCAUUACAACAUUCAAAGCAUUCUGUUUAGUGAGUUUUACGGCUGCUAAGUGUGUGUCUGUAUUUGUACUAUAAAAUGUGAAAUUACAAAUAAAGCGAACCUGACCUUG